AUGUACCACGGAUCCAGUUCAGAAUCCCAUCAAUGGGGCAGCUGGUCGGCUUGGGUUUUCAACGAGCAGCAGAGCCGCUACUAUCGCUUUCGCCAGGAUUCCGAAGGAAAUUAUGACUAUGACUGGGACCAACAAGGCUCAGCCGCUGCCGCUCAUGCGCAAACUCCACGAGACACAACGAUCAGCGACAUAACAGAAGGCCUGAGAGGUCUGACUACCGAUUACAACGGCUCAAUAGCCGAAGACCGUUCACCGAACUCAAGAUCCGGCAGGCACAGAAGCAGGCGCGAACAUCGGACAGGCUCCCGCGACGAGGAUUCGGCUCAAGACACCUACGGGACCUUUGCAGCAGAUUCUUUACAUGCGACCCAGGCGGGGCAGUACGGCUACACGGCUGGCCAAUAUGUCCACGGAUCGUCUGACGCUCAAUAUUAUCAGGCAUCGGCAUCAGACUCACAAUCGGCAGCUGCAUACGGCGGUGGACGGGGAGAGGGCCGAUCAGCUGAGAAUCAUGCAGCUGAUCAGCAAACCCAUAGAUACGGCGACGAGGGGCAUUACAGUCCUGACCGAGAUCCCGAAGACGAAGAAUUGGCAGACACUAUUGCGGCAAGCCGGCAGUACAACUAUGAUGAAUAUGCAAAUGCUGGGGCAUCAUCAUCAACAGCUUAUGCUCCAUAUGACGAAGAGGAAGAGGAAGGCCCUCCUACGCCAAGAGCACAGUCAAGCGCCGGCAGCUAUCACAUUGCCGCCACUGCUCUCGAAGAGCCACCUGAGGAGUUAGAUCCUCGCUACCAAGUUGAGCCGUCGGUGAGGUUUCAGCCAGGCGAGAUAUUCAAAGUACAUUGGUCAGAACCACAAGGCGCCAGCUCUGAUGGAGCUCCGAGCGUUUCCGGCAAACAUGAGAUUCAGAACAGGUUCGGCACAAAGUUUUUUGUCGGAUUUCGACGCUUCAUUGUGAUAGCAAAUGACCAGGGCCACUGUACCUGCGUACCUAUCCUCACAUACGGAGGCAAAGGGUGCAAGAAGAAGGGUGUCAAGGCCGAUAAACACGGCAUCAUUUAUGAGCGCGGCGGCAAACCGCGCCUACUCGAUAAGGAACCAAAGCUUGGGUUCCCACCCGUCAGGGUCGAUAUGAAGCAAGAGGGCGAGAAGCUCUCCAAAGAAUCUCGCGUCAAUUACUCUAAGCUGGUCACUGUGGAACACAAUGUGAAGGUGUUUUUCAUAGGAUCAAUCGUGUAUAACGACUGGGAACUCGUCAGCGAUGCCGUCAACCACUGCUGGAACAAAAAGAACCAUCAGAAGCAGAGGCAUCGAUAG